AUGGGGAAGUUGAACUAUUCAGCAAGAAAGCGACUACCAGAUGGACAUGGCUUCAAAGCUGCAGCACGCGACCCUACGCUAGAGAUCGACAUUUCAAAUAAGAAUUUGACAGACAAAGACCUUUCUCUAUUUAUCGAUGAUCUUCUCGAGUGCAUCAGGCGGGAUCUUGCGAAAGUGACUGAAUUCCACAUCCAGAGGAAUAAUCUCACCAUCCAAUCUCUACCCAUGCUGGGUGAGGUAAUUGCACUCAACGCGGGGGAGUUGAGGGAGCUCGAUAUCUCGAACAACAAUAUCAAUGUUAACCCCACCUCUGAAGACAAGGAAGCCUGGUGCAAGUUUCUCAGCUCCUUCAGGAACUGCUACAUGGUCAAGAAGCUUGAUCUGAGCGGUAACCCUCUCGGGUCUGUGGGAAUGGAGAAUCUAGCUCGCGUAUACAUCAAAAGUGACCUUGACUUCCUUGAGGAUGAUGCUGAAGCUAUUGUUGAGCCUAAGCACGACGAGCGGUCUCUUAUUGAAGAUACUACUGUGACAAAAGUCACAACCGGGAAGGAGAACGAAGGCAGCACACGAGGUAGCCGCCCUGCGAAGUCCCCAAACAAGGGAAAGAAGACUUUGCGACAAAGCACUGGUCAACCUAAAUCCACUCCAAUCAAGAGCACAACACAUGAUGACCUCAAACGUUUCGCUUGCACCCGUGGCCUGCGCUCUAUAGCUUACCUGAUUUUGUCAGACGUCUAUAUGGCGAAGAGCGGAACGGUACACCUUGCAAGUAUGCUAAGCAUGCAAAGAACCUCAGAGCAGCUCUUGAAGUUCCUUCCCGGGGGCAAAUCUUUAACCCUACCUGAGACCGCACACUGCAAGAGCAUCAUCUGGCUUCCCAACGAAAAUCUUCCGCAAAUGGCAAGCGAUUUCCUCGGAAAGGCCGAGGCUAUCAACGAGAUCAAAGCCCACAUUGACUCAGACGACGAGCUUUCAAAUGAUAGUGAUGACCAAAGAUAUGACGCGGCUAUUGCUGAGGAGAUUGCAGAUCCCAGCCACAAGAUCGAUACGGCCGCCCAGAGGGAAUUACAAAACAAAAAAAACAUCGAGUAUGCUAGGCUCACCAAGCGCAUUCGUAUGGAAGCUCUGCAUGACGAAGGUGUGCGUGAUACAGAUCUCUGGAUCACUGCUCUACGGAUGAUGAAUGUUUCUCGAAUUAUUCUCUGGAAAAGUAAGAAUUGCAGAGUUGGUGCCCUAGAAAAGGAGCAAGACCAACAAGAAGACGAGAACAAAGACGAACACAAUUCUUCCACAGUGCACAUCGAAGACGUCACUCAACGAGUCGAGGAUAUCGAAAUAACCGAACAUAGCAGCUUCCCCGAGCCAUCUUUCCCCCCUAUUGAAUUUCAAGUCACCGAGCCUGCUCCCAUUGGUCCCUUCCACCCGGGCACCGAUAAAUUCGAAUCAGACUUUCCUAUGCUCCAACCCUCCACCACCGACAAUAUUGAGACUGAAAUCACCGGGCGGGAUGCGGAACCCGUCGUCGCUACCACAAACGACUUGCCCUCAUCUCAAACUUCAAUACAGGGGAAGGGUAACAUUCGCUCUGUCCACGGACCUCGAGUACCCCGCAAGGAAAACGAGACCUGGCGCUUUGGCUUUACUUUCGAGAUAUGGCGCAGAAUUAUUGCGGGUGCCGUCAGCGCGGAUGGUAUUCUAGAUCUUACACAGCAAACCCAGAUCAUGCGGUAUGCUACCGAUCAGAAGACUCUUAAGGAUGAGAUGGACAUUACGGGACUUGAGCAUCAUCAGCAGGUUUGGAGAAUUUUGGAGAAGAAUAAUUGCUUCAUUUAUAGUCCUUUGUAGGCUGAUAUGAGAGGGGUUUUUCUGAUAUGAAACUUUUCAAUUUUCUUUAGAGGAGUUAAUUAGGUGUAGAUAAUGUCGAGUCUGAUCAUGCCUAUGAAUUUGAUUCCAUGAUCUUUAAGUGUUGGAGAACGGAGAGAGAGUCAGG